AUGACUUAUGAGGACGAUGAUGGGACUGUUAGGUUGUUGCCUGGGUACAUGUUUGAUCCCACAGAUGAUGUUCUUGUGGAAUUCUACCUGACAAGGAGAGUAUUUGCUCAGCGUCUUCCUGUUCAAAUCAUCCCCGAUUUUGAUGUUUUCCAGACUGAGCCUUGGGGUCUACCAGGAGGAGAUGGAAAGAUUUUUAAUGAGCGUAAGAUUUUUUUCUACAACACCAUGGAUCGUGACCUUGAAAACAAUGACGAGAGAGUUGCUGGGAGUGGCCAUUUGAGAGUUAUUGAGAAAGGAAAAUGUGUUCCUAUCCCUGGAAACAAUGAGAUGGCAAAUUGUGCCGUGUAUCGCAUCUUUCAGAAUAAGGAUGCAAAGAAGACGAUGAAUGUGGAGCAGCGGGAGGCUUAG